AAUAAAUUAAACAGUAUUUUUGAGGUCAUAAACCAAUUCAAAUUUAUUGAAUUGCAUUGUUUAUGAUCUCAAAAAACAACAUACCUUUAGCCUAACGUGCUGAUCAUCACUGCGUGCUGCCAUGGCACCAGAAUUGCAAGCCUCAUUGUUGAUUGUGUUAUGUGCAUUAUUGCCGUGUGUAUUUGGCGGCGAUCCACAAGGUGGAUGGCUGGAAGCUCAUGCCACCUUUUAUGGCCCCCCUGCGGGAACCAUUGGCGGGGCUUGUGGGCUUGAAGAGUUCAAGCAAACCUAUUCCCCAUACACUACAGCAUUGAGCCCGGCAUUGUUCAAUAACGCAGCGAGCUGCGGAGCCUGCUACGAAAUAAAAUGUGUAAACACCACAGGGCAAUGCAAGGCACCCCAAAAGUCCAUCACUGUUACAGCCACCGAUCUUUGCCCGACCGGCGAUGGGAAAUGGUGCGCUCCGCCGCGCGCACAUUUCGACCUAUCCAUGCCUGCCUAUCUCCGAAUUGGAGAAUACAAAGCCGGGGUUAUUCCGGUCAACUAUCGCAGGGUUCCGUGCAUGAGAAAAGGAGGAGAGCGGUUUACAAUAUCAGGACAUCAGUACUUCAACCUCGUAACGGUGUCGAACGUUGGAGGGAGCGGAGAUGUUAAGAAAGUGGAGGUGAAUGCUGAAGGGGAUGAGAAGUGGACACAGCUAAAACGGAACUGGGGUGAGAAAUGGGAGACCAAUGAAAAGCUGUCUGGGAAAUCUCUGACUUUCAGGGUCACCACAAACGAUGGGAAAACAGUCACUUCCCAGAAUGUCGCCCCCAAGUCGUGGCAGUACGGCCAGACAUUUGAAGGCCGAAACUGAUAAUUCUGGUGUGCAGUUCAGUGAUCUAUUUGACCGCUAUUCCAAUAUAUAUAUAUAUAUAUAUAUAUAUAUAUAUAUAUAUAUAUAUAUGUAAUGCACAUGCAUCACAUCAGUUCUAAAAUGGUUGUGCAUAAUUCUCUGGUGUAAAUGCGAGGCAGUGUUGAAGUAAUUUCCUUUCAUUUUUUCUGCUCUGGUGAAA